UACAAUCUAAUGCUAUGUGAAAAUGAAACUAUUAAAAGAGGAAAGGAAGAAAAAGAGAAGAAUGUUCUAUUCUUAAUUUCAAAGUCAGUGAUGCCUUAUCAGUAAAACUCAAAUGAUCAAAAAUAAAAGGAGAUAAGAUCAUUGGACAGUUUACAUGUUACUCUUCCAUGAUCCACAUCCCCAGAAAGUAAGAGACAAAAAACGAUCUUUGGUUGAAAUGCUCAAAUCAGUUUUGUCGGUUUGUUCUAGAAGUUGAACUUGUUUUGUAAGUAUUCAAUAACCAACUGCGGAUGUUUCAGGAACAUAUCAACCCGGUUCUUGUUCAUAUGGAUCUGUGUGACAUGAAUAACUUUCUUUUGUUACCUCAUCUUCUUCUUCUUUUUCUUCUUUCUUUGGCCAUUAUGUGCUCUCCACUCAUGCAAGAUAGGAUAACUAUUGAGAGCCAGGAAGAAAUCAAACUGAAUUUCUUCAUCUUAUUUCCAGUUGGUCGGAUCCAUCGUUUACUGAAACAGAGGACAACAGCACAUGGGAGAGUGGGUGCAACAGCGGCAGUCUACUCUGCAGCUAUCUUGGAGUAUUUGACUGCUGAAGUGUUGGAGCUUGCUGGCAAUGCAAGUAAGGAUCUUAAGGUGAAACGUAUUACUCCAAGACAUUUGCAGCUGGCAAUUCGAGGUGAUGAAGAACUCGAUACACUGAUCAAAGGAACCAUUGCUGGUGGAGGUGUGAUUCCGCACAUCCACAAGUCACUUAUCAACAAAUCAUCCAAGGACUAGUUUCCAACGGAUGGUGGAUUUCUUUUAGUUGAGAGAAUUCACUUUCAGAAGACUGGCUGACUUAACCCCGUGUCACUUUGCUUGUGCAUCUAAACUGGUCUGCAUGAAUUCUAGCUGCUUCUUAGAUGCUGUAGACGUGGUUACAAUCAUAGGCUAUUAGGAUCGUGUCUUUGUCUUUAUAUUCUGGUGGAUUUGAAUGUGUAAAUAAAGCCAUGUUUCUCAAGUCUGUUAUAUUUGUGCUUUUCUAUAUAUUCCGGUGCCAAGACUGUUUCCUGAUC